AUGGCGACCCUCCUACCUCCUCCAAAACGGCAAAAGGUCUAUCACGGUAUACCAGAGCCAGAGACGGUCCCCAUCGCACCCUCUCCGAAUAUCGUCGUCCAGUUUGUCUCUGAGGACGAUGGUACGCCGCUCGCACCGGCCGUGAACCUGCCUGCAAAUGUUUCGAGGGAGGAUUUGCAAGGCUUGGUUAAUAAAUUGACUGCAAAAGAUGAGGACCCGGUACCAUUCCAGUUCCACAUAUCACUACCGGCCGAUGCUGCUUCUGGACGAGAUACAUCCCGAGUCGUAAUCUCCACUUCCAUCGAAUCCGACGUGCUUUCACAUCCAUCACAUGCUUUCACACCGGAGGAUGUCUUCGUAGUGCAUUGCUCGCCUCAAUCAGUUUUCCGAGUUCGACCUGCAACUAGAUGUUCAUCUACUCUUUCAGGACAUACCUCUCCUAUCCUAUGCGCUUCUUUCUCACCGACCGGUCGCCUGCUUGCUACGGGAUCUGGUGACACAACCGCUCGUCUCUGGGAUCUUGGCACGGAACUUCCCUCGCAUACGCUGUCCGGGCAUAAAGGAUGGGUUCUAUGCGUUGAGUGGGAAGCCAUGGAACGGAAGCUGGCUACGGGCGGUCACGACAACCAAGUACGGAUAUGGGACCCAAAAUCUGGCAAACCUAUAGGAGACGCCUUGAAGGGCCACAGUAAAUGGGUCACCUCUCUGUCAUGGGAACCUAUACACUUAAAUGUCACCUCACCCCGGCUCGCGUCGUCUUCAAAGGAUGGCACUGUCCGAGUCUGGUCUAUAUCCACUCGUCGAGUGGAAUACACAUUAGGCGGUCAUACCGCCAGCGUCAAUGUCGUGCGGUGGGGAGGUGGAGGAUUGAAUGGAAAAGGUGUUCUCUACACGGCGUCAUCCGAUCGUACAGUACGAGUAUGGGAUGCCAAUGGGGGGAGACUACUCCAUACGCUGCAAGAUCACGCCCAUUGGGUUACGACCCUUGCUCUGAAUGCCGAUUUUGUUCUUCGGACAGGUCCAUUUGACCACACAGGCAAACGUCCUGCUUCCGAUGAAGAAGCCCAAAAACGCGCCCAAGAACGCUACUCCGCCCUAAUCUCCUCAACCCCCGAACUCCUCAUCUCCGGCUCAGACGACCACACCCUCUUCCUCUGGUCUCUCUUCCCCUCCCGCACCGCCUCGUCCGAAUCCACCGCCCUCGCCGCCUCCAAUGGCGGCAAACUAAAACCCCUCGCUCGUCUCACCGGUCAUCAACGUCAGGUGGCCCAUGUGACUUUCAGUCCGGAUGGGAGGUGGGCAGCGAGCGCGGCGUUUGAUAAUAGCGUGCGGUUGUGGGAAGGCAAGACGGGCAAAUUUGUGGCUACGUUGAGGGGCCAUAUUGGUGCGGUUUAUAGGCUUACGUGGAGUGCGGAUUCGAGGCUUUUGGUCAGUGCGAGUAAAGAUACGACGGUCAAGAUCUGGGAUUUAAAGACAUACAAACUAAAGACGGACCUACCGGGCCACACGGACGAGGUUUAUUGCGUCGAUUUCGUGGCGGAUAAGAUUGUGAGUGGCGGAAGGGACCGUACGGUCAAAAUGUAUGUUCUCUCGCUUUCUCCUACGUGA